AUGCAGCCUCUCCAGCGUAUCGAGGCUCCGGUGACCUUCAAGGCAUACUUGAUGUGCGCAUUUGCAGCAUUCGCCGGCGUUCUUUUUGGAUAUGACAGCGGCUACAUAUCAAGUGUCCUGGGAAUGGCAGAGUUCGCCAGGCAGUACGGGCAUCCUGUCCCGGUCACCGAAUCGAAUACAGUUGGAUAUGACUAUUAUACGUGGGAAAAGUCUUUGAUCGUCUCAAUUCUCUCUGUCGGCACCUUCACCGGCGCCCUGGUAGCCGGGUGGCUGGCCGACGUAAUCGGAAGACGUCUCACAAUCAUUGGACCUGGUUGCUGUGUCUUCAUCAUGGGCGUCACUGUACAACUUUCAGCUGCCUCCAUUCCUGGUUUGGUCACUGGCAGAUUGAUCAGUGGACUUGGUGUUGGUUUUAUUUCCUCCUCAAACAUCCUAUACAUGAGUGAGGUUUCCCCGCGUGGCGUUCGAGGCGCCAUCAUUUCAGCCUAUCAAUUCGCCAUCACUGUAGGCAUCAUGCUGGCCAGUUGUGUCGGCUAUGCAACGAAAGACUAUCAGACUUCUGCGGCUUACCGGAUACCAAUCGCGAUGCAAUAUCCAUUUGCCGUCAUACUGGCCAWUGGAUUAUGGUUGCUCCCCGAAUCUCCUCGCUACUGGGUGAAGCAGGGUCGCCUUGACAAGGCUGUACACGCUCUUGCCAGGCUUCGCGAUCAACCAGUGAGCUCUCCCAGCAUAGAGGACGAGCUGAGUGAGAUCGUCGCCAGCCAGGAACAAGAAACGAAUGCGGCAGAAUCGUCAUGGCUGGGCUGUUUCCGCGGCAGCAUCACCGAUUCCAGUUCCAACAUCCGUAAGGUUUGGAUCGGAACUGCUCUGCAGAUGAUGCAACAGUGGACGGGWAUCAAUUUCAUUUUUUACUACAACACGACAUUCUUUAUGCAGGUAGGACUGCGGAAUCCCUUCCUCAUCUCGAUGAUCACCACCGUGGUCAACGUAGCCAGCACACCGGUAUCUUUCUACACGGUCGAGAAGUUCGGCCGGCGCUCACUACUCAUAUAUGGAGCCAUUGGGAUGUGCUUCUGUGAAUUUGUCAUUGCUAUUGUUGGAGUGUCUGCGGGUGGCUCGGAGAUCGCGAACUAUGUGCUCGUUGUGUUUGUCUGCAUUUACGUCGCCUUUUUCGCUUCAACUUGGGGGCCAACAGCCUGGGUCGUCAUUGGCGAGAUAUUUCAGCUUCCCAUUCGAUCAAAAGGAGUCGCCCUUUCGACUGCAAGCAACUGGUUUUGGAACUUCAUCAUUGGAAUUAUCACGCCGUUCAUCGUCGACCAGGAUAAAGGGAGCCUGGGGGUUCGCGUGUUCUUCAUUUGGGGUUCUACUUGUGCAGCGUCGGCCCUCUUCGCGUACGUGUUUGUCCCAGAAACACGCGGACUGACACUCGAGCAAGUCGACACGAUGAUGCAGGAGGUUCCGGCUUAUAGAUCAAAAGCCUGGAUGCCACAAGACACGUUCUCACAAGACUUUGGAUUCUCGAAGGCUGAUAGCCCUUCGCCAUAUGCACCAAGUAGACCGGGCACAGCAAUAAGCUAUACGGGGCAACCACGAGCGACGGAGGAGAGCUUUAUAUCGAUGAACCAAUGA